CCAAUGGGCGCCGGGCGGGGCUGCCUGUCAUGGCCGUCCCCGCGCUGCGGCCCUGAGCGCCCCGAGCCCGCCGGAGCCGCCGAGGCCGCGCACGCGCCGCCAGCACCGCCACCAUGGGCACCGUGCACGCCCGGAGUUUGGAGCCUCUUCCAAUGGCUGGGCCAGACUUUGGUGCCUUGGGAGAGGAAGCUGAACUGGUUGAAGUUGAACCUGAGAGCAAGCAGGAAAUUCUUGAAAACAAAGAUGUGGUGGUUCAGCAUGUGCACUUUGAUGGACUUGGAAGGACCAAAGAUGACAUCAUCAUGUAUGAAAUCUCUGAUGUUUUCAAGGCAAAAAAUCUCAUUGAUGUGAUGAGAAAAUCACAUGAAGCUCGUGAGAAGUUGCUUCGUCUUGGAAUCUUUAGACAGGUGGAUGUUCUGAUUGAUACCUGCCAAGGAGAUGAUGCCCUUCCAAAUGGUUUAGAUGUGACCUUUGAAGUAACAGAAUUGAGAAGGUUAACUGGGAGCUAUAACACCAUGGUUGGCAACAAUGAAGGCAGCAUGGUGCUUGGGCUCAAGUUCCCAAAUCUCCUUGGACGUGCAGAAAAGGUGACCUUCCAGUUCUCCUAUGGAACAAAAGAAACUUCAUAUGGCCUGUCCUUCUUCAAACCACGGCCUGGAGACUUUGAAAGAAAUUUUUCAGUUAAUGUAUACAAAGUAACUGGACAGUUCCCUUGGAGCUCUCUUCGAGAAACAGACAGAGGAAUAUCAACAGAUUUUAAUUUUCCCAUCUGGAAGACCAAUCACACAGUGAAGUGGGAAGUUGUGUGGAGGGAGCUUGGCUGCCUUGCUAGAACAGCAUCCUUUUCUGUUCGAGAGGAAAGUGGACACUCUCUAAAAUCUUCUCUCUCUCAUGCCAUGGUAAUUGAUUCCCGGAACUCCUCAAUCUUGCCAAAACGAGGUGCUUUGCUGAAAAUUAAUCAGGAGUUGGCUGGUUAUACAGGUGGAGAUGUGAGCUUUCUGAAAGAGGAUUUUGAAUUUCAGUUGAAUAAGCAACUUUUCUGGGAUUCGGUUGUUUCAGCAUCAUUUUGGGGCGGAAUGCUGGUACCUAUUGGAGACAAGCCAUCCAGUAUAGCUGACAGGUUUUACCUUGGUGGACCAACAAGUGUGCGUGGAUUCAGUAUGUACAGCAUUGGACCCCAGAGUGAAGGUGAUUAUUUGGGAGGAGAAGCCUACUGGGCUGGAGGGGUGCAUCUCUACACCCCUCUUCCUUUCCGGCCUGGCCGCGGAGGGUUUGGAGACCUUUUCCGAACACAUUUCUUCCUUAAUGCUGGAAAUCUCUGCAAUCUCAACUAUGGUGAUGGUCCCAGGGCACACCUGCAGAGACUGGCAGAGUGCAUCCGCUGGUCUUAUGGCACAGGAAUAGUGUUGCGCCUGGGAAACAUAGCCAGGCUCGAGCUCAACUACUGCUUUCCCAUGGGAGUACAGGCUGGAGACAGGAUAUGUGAUGGUGUUCAGUUUGGAGCAGGAAUAAGAUUUCUAUAAUACAGAAAUAUUUUACAUCAUGGAAUGAAAUUGUGCUUUGGAGAUGAAAUCAAGACUAUAACAUAAUACAAAAUGGUCCUUUUUCCUUGAAAUGCAGAUACAUAGCUGAGUGAUUUACCUCUUGGACUCCACAAGAAACUAUUAAAUAAUUAUGCUCUAAAGGUUCAUUGUACUUCUGAUUCUUAUCAAAGAUGGGAGAGUGUUUGUAGGAGUCUAUCUUAUAGCUUUUAGUUCUUGGUUUUUACUUAAAGUAUUAGGGUUUUGUCAGAUACUGGUUCUUGGAUAUAGUUCACAUCAUUAUAGUUUUAUUGGUCUGUACAGCCUUCCCUCCUCCAACCACAAGUCCUUGAAAAAGCUGUUACAAGUCAAAAAUUAUACCAUUUUAAUAGUUCUAAAUGAAUCAAAAUGUUCUGAUUUAAAUACAUUUCAGUUAUAAAUAAUUUCUGUUUAAAUGCCUAAAAUGUGAAUUGCAUACUGUAAAAAUUCAAGUCAUCUGUCUAGCACAGUAAAUACUAAAAUUAGAAUUUUGAAAGGUUCAGGGCUCUCAACUUUGGGUGUUUUAAUGCUCUCACCAAAGCUGUUGAUUUAUGUCUUGCAAAAGCAGCUUUUUGUAGCAGUUGCAAAAAGUGACUCCAGAGAUACAAACAUGUGGAACUACCUGGUUUCUCUUUGUGCCUUUCUCCUGACUUGUUGAGAUGCUAAUUUCAUCUCCAAGUCACCUCUGACUUUAUCACUUGGGAUAUAAUCCAGUUUAUAAAGACGGACUUAGUCACUACUUCAGUCCUAGCAUCUUUGGAGGUAGUUGCAUACUGAUUAUUUUUAUGUGUAUCAACCCUGUGUGGUCAUGCUGUGGGAAUAUGAACUUGGAGUGCACUUUCCCUGUAUCUACAUUCACUUUUUUUUUGUUGUUAAGUGUUGGCAGGUUUAAAAUCACAAUACAAAGAAGAUUCUGGAGGAGCAGAACAUAAAUACAUGAGCUGUUAAACUCCUGGGGUUUUUUUUCUGCUCAGCUAAAGACAGCUUUGGACAUGCUGGUGCUCUGCUUGAGUUUGCUGAAAAGAUCAAGACUGCCAUGAAAGCUCAUUCUAAUCAAGUCAGCACUCAAACACUACCCUUUUUAAAGAGAACACAGUUUUAUACAUUGCUUUAGCAUUGGUAUGUGUUGCUGUUGGUGUAAUACAGUAACUAAAUCUGGUUUAGUAGAUAAUUCUCUAAAAUAUGAAGGCUACAUACUGGACUGUCUGGAUUUUCAGAGCUCUACUUGAUUAAACAUCCUUCCCCCCUUAGCAGCACUGGUCUUACAGAUGUUCAAAAUGGUAUGAAUGACAGAAGUCAGCUGUUUCAAAUAGCAAAAUUUGAUCUAAAAAAAACUUUUUCAGUGUGUUUAUCUAACAGAUACUCUAGCAAGUACAUAUUUAACCUAGCAUUUUUGAUGAUUGUUUUGUUGUUAUGAGAUAGAAUAUGAAACUAUGUUCAGAAUGUCAACAAAUGUUACUUGCUUUUUCCAGCGCUACCCACAUUUUGACAUAUAAAAGUAUUUUUCAUGUGAAUGUUUAGAUACUAAAAUACUAUUGGGGUUUUUUCCUCGGAGUUCAAAGUUAUCUGCAUUCUGCUGCCUUAAGAGUUCUAUCUUGUGCACAUUGUGUUUUACUGAAGGCUGCUCAAGUGCCAUACUUCAUUAUGACACAAGACCCUCAGCUCAGCUGGCUGUUUGAGAGGGCUCAGUAGUGUUCUGUGUUGAGCAGGCCUAGGGAGAGCCCCGAACUCAGUAUGCACACCACACACCAUGCCCGGCCACAAUGAAGCUUUGAGAGAGCUCUGUGGGCAUCAAGGGAGGAAUGGAAGAAACUGCUGAAGGCUUCUUUUGAGCACAUGUUCAGACAGACCUCGCUGUGCCACUCGCCAGAGAAUUGUCCAGUUGGAUAACAAGAGCAAAAUCAUAUUCCUUGAGGCUCCACCUGCAUCACUGCUUUCAUACUGGCUUUGUACUAGGUUGAAAAGUAACAUUUUCUUAUGGCAUACCACAAGUGCACAAAAGCUAUCCAGUACAGCAAGUACAUCUUAAUUCCUCUGGAAAAAGCAUCUGAAUUAUGUGGUUACUUCUAUGUAAUAUUGUAUGAUUAAUAUAUUUCCAUUUAAAUUUUGCUGCGGAGGCCCAGAUACUUAAAAUGGAUAAGGUAGAAAUCAGAAUUCCAGUAAAAGCUGCCAUAGUGUUCAGUGGGAGAACAGCUUUGGGCAGAUCUGAAUCCAUGUUCUUCAUGGUUGUGUUUGGCCAGAGUUGAAAGGAUAAAAGGAGUAAGGCCUACAGUCAGAGCUGUGAUUCAGAAGCUUGGUGUUUGUUUAAAUGGACAGUUUUGGAUAUCAGUUUACCUGUGGAGUAGUGAAGGUGCUCUUGCUUUUCAGGCAUGUCAAUGUUGGGGAGAGCAAGGUGGCAAGGAGUGUCCCCAGACAGCAUACCUGGAAUGUGCUCGUGGCCUCCUGGUUUCAUGUGAGCAGCGCUGAGGCUGUAGGUCCCACCAGGCUGGCAGAGUGCCUUCAGCUGUAGUCUUAAUUCACUGCUUGCAGCCCUUUCUGGGGACUGAGGGAGGCCUGGGGAGGAAAGGAUUGUUUUGGUACAAGGUUUGAAGUGUCUCAGUGAUGUGUCAGGGCACCCACGAGCCUGUGAGAAGGUGGCAGUAACAUAUCAGAAGUAUGGGAAAUAUUUCCAUCACCACUUCUAAGACCGUGGGUGGUUUCCAGCUGUUCUGCUUGUACAAAAAAAAAGUUGAAAUUGCUCUUUGUAUUUGGAAGAUCUGGUGUUCUCAGGUACUGGUAAUGAGUAAGUUUCUGUAGGGCUUGGGUGAAGGUGGAAGAGGAAACUGGGAUGCUGUGAGAAUGUAUAAGGGGCAGGUUUGCUGCCGUAUUAAGGCCAUAACUGUAUUUGAUUUGAAAAUACAAGGUUUAAAAAUAAAUUCCAGUGUUAACCUCAAUAAUACAGAAGCAUGCUUCAGCAUAAGUAUCUUUGCUGUCACUGUGCCUUUUUUCACACAUCUCACUGCUAGUCUUUGCAGAGGUGUACUAAACUAAGGUUUAGUACUUCCUACCUUUGCAAAAUACCUGCUGGUUUUGUCAGGCAUUUGUAUAGAAACAACUGUCCUUGUUAUGCCCUUCGAGAGAAGUGUCCCAAGACUAUCCCAUGUGUGAUCAAACACAGAAAAGUGAGCAGGGGUCAGGUUGGCUCUCCCUUCCCUGGGCUGGGUGAGCACUCACAUGAAAAAGUGAAUUUUUACUGUGGUCUUAGGGGGAAAGAAAACACCAUGAGUCCUUUGUAGGACUGUUAAGGAGUUGGUCAGAUAUCACGAAGAUUAUCCAAAACUUUGUAUGGGAGAGCAUAAGAAAAUAACCCCAAAAUUACAGAAUUUGAGUGUACACUAUAGUUUGUUCUGCUAUUCUUGUCUUGUUUUCAACAGGGCUGGAACUUGCAGCCACAGAUUCAGUAGGAAUCUUCCAGGAGAAUUUUUUCACAGCUUCUCAACCAUGGCAAACUUGUUGAGAUAGUGGAUGUGUGUUUUGUGAGAGCAGUGCUAAAUCGCUGUUAGCAACUGUAAUGCUGUUGGGUGAUUUUACUGUAAUUGGGAUGAGACACUGUGCUGAAUGUAUCCUGUGCUUUCUUCUCAUGUCAAGCAAAAAAUGCAACCCAGAGCCAAUGUCUGCAUGGGAUAAAUUGUCUUUGUAAAAGCUUUUCAGUUAAAUAGAAUACGUAAGAGAAGGCACCCUGAAGUAAAUCAGUGGCAUCAGUUAGGUAGUACAUUCCUGCCUCAGUAUUUAAUAAAUAACAUUAUUAACCCUACCCCAUUCCCCCCCCAAAAAAAAAACAAACCCCAAACAACACAGCAAACCCAAACACCAGCGAUCACACCCCCAACACAUUUUCAUUUAUCUGGCAGACCAGAAAGAAAAAUUAACUGUAUCUUGUCUCUUUAAAGUUUAUAUCCAAAGUCAGUAUAGGUGGUAUUAUAAUAGAACAAGACUUCAAUGAUUUGCUGGUUUAAGAAGUGGCUGGGUUUGCCUUGCUUCAAUAUCUGACGAAGAGAGACCAUCUAUUCAAUGUCACUGUUGUUUUGUGAUAUAUCUAAUUACAGUAACCUCAGGUGGUCUAAAAUUUUGAAAGCAGUAUAAGGUGCUAUGAGGUUAAAAUAAAGGAAGCAACACCUCUAUCAAAAAGGUGAGCAAUGUUAAAAUGAGCAGAUGUGGAUUCAGACUUUUCAGUGUUCAGCUAAAUAUCAAAGUAGCAGUUCAGUGCUGAAAAUAAAAACAGAUUUUAAACAAGGCUUAGUUUUUUAGUGUAAUUCUCUCAAAUUACACGUUUAUGCUCUGGCAGUUUUUGGUUGUUUUUUUUUUUUUUAAUGAGAAUAUACUCAUUAUUGGAAUAAUGAAUAUAUUCUUAUAGAAAUACAUAGAAAUCUCAUCCCUAAUGGGAGGAAGGUACCAGAGAAAAUUUUCUGGCUGCAGAGGGCUGGUAUCUCAUUCAUCAUGGAGAGUUUAAACCAUGUAACUGGGCUUGCUCUGAGCUGCAGGCCACUGACCUGGUGCAGCAGCAGCUGUGUCCCUGUUAGUGGCUAUUAGCCAGUUAAAUCACUGCACACUAACACUGAUCAAAGCAGCUGUGGAAGUUCUUAAUUUCCUGUUUAGAAGAGCCCUAUUCAUUUGAUGAGUCUUUGCAAGGCUCCAGAUUUUGUUUUGGUGUUUCUGAAGUGUAAUUUGACUUCUUUUUGCCAUGGGCUCUCUAUUGUCUCAAACAACUCCACCUCCCUUUUUUCUUUGCAAUAGUCUGAGUGCUUUUUCUACUUAGCUGUACAUUGUAGCAUUUUAUAAAUAGAUAGGACAUCAAAGUC